CAGUUCAAAAGAGCACUAUCCAUCGUCGUCUCUCCCGCAAACCCAGAGACCUUCCUGGAAAAUUUUGUGAAAAUUGGCGAAGGUUCCACAGGACUGGUGUAUUUAGCCGACCACAAGUUGCUGAAAAUGAAGGUGGCAGUGAAAAAAAUGAGCCUGAGGAAGCAGCAGAGGAAGGAACUUCUCUACAAUGAAGUCGUCAUAAUGAGGGACUUCAAACAUCCGAACAUCGUGCACAUGUACGACAGCCACCUGUUCGAUGAUGAGUUGUGGGUCGUCAUGGAAUACAUGUCCGCCGGACCGCUCACCGACAUCAUCUCCAGGACCAAGAUGAACGAGGAGCAGAUGGCCACAGUGUGCAGGUCCUGUCUCGACGCCCUUAUCUUUCUGCACGCCAGCGGCAUCAUACACAGAGACAUCAAAUCGGAUUCAAUCCUUAUCUCUUCCACAGGACAGGUUAAGUUGUCCGACUUUGGAUUCUGCGCGCAAAUCACAGCAGAUGUUCCUCGCCGUAAGUCCCUGGUGGGCACUCCCUACUGGAUGGCCCCCGAAGUCAUCUCCAGGCUGCCCUACGGCACGGAGGCGGAUAUAUGGUCCCUGGGAAUAAUGUUGAUUGAGAUGGUGGACGGGGAGCCACCAUUCUUCAACGAGCCACCACUGCAAGCCAUGAAGAGGAUUAGAGACAUGCCCCCGCCGAAAUUUAAAAACUCCAGCAAGGUGUCAUCCAGGUUGAUAGGAUUCCUGGAGCUGAUGUUGAACAGGGACCCAUGCAAAAGGUCCCAAGCCAUCGACCUCAUCAUCCACCCCUUCCUCAAGCAGGCCAGCCACAACAUUAAUAAUAAUAAUUCUUGCAUCAUCCCUCUAAUCACACUGCACCCCAAAUCUUGA